AGUAACAUGGCACUUGGUAUUAACUACAAUGCAGCGUUAACUAAAAGUUGUCAGAAUUUCCUGAGUUAGUACAAAAUUGCUCAGUGCAAUAUUGCUUCAUCUCUCGUAACAAUUAUUUUCUCAGUUAAUAUUCUUUACCAUGAUCAAAUUAACUUAUCUUAGUAACGCGUCUUUGCUUACGCGUAAUUGUCGAGACUGACACAACAUCGAGUGUAAAUAAUUAAAAGUGUGCAUUACUGCUGACGGAUGCGAAGAUAAAAUACGCGCGCAGAACUCGAUAAGCGGUUGAAUGCGGGGCAUUGAUUGGUACCCGUGUCAUCGAGAAUGUUUUGUACGAUGUGAAUAGCGGAUCACACGCUAAUUCUCGACUUCGAUUGCCGCAAGAAUGAAAGACGAAGCAAUUUUCUCCAUUUUCCUUAUCGAUUGUUAUGAGCGACAGGAAGGGGAGCUCCAUGACUGCAUCACAGUCGCUGUGUGUACUCCACGGUACACCAAGACGCAUCGCAGCCUUAACCGACAUCACACAGAUGUAGGCGUCCAUUAUCAUGUCGCAGACCACGCGAACAACAAGAACAAUGAAGAGAAUACUCUUGCGAAAUUUUCUGUUUCAUCGCGAUGACAUUGAAGCAUCAUCGAAUAUUCGAAUACCUCAGGCACACUAAAAAAGCAUAACAAGUAUACAACUCAUUGUCAAAUAUUUCCAAGGCGAUCUAGACGCCUCUCAGACGCUUCCAUCGGUAUAAUAAGACAACGAAGAAAGAAAACUUCUAAUAAAAUAAACGAGUACCGACAAUUACGGUAAUUGUCAUGGUGCUCGAUCGGACGCAGGGACAAGUGCUCUCACUGUGCGAACAGUAGCUAUACGUACUUCGAGGCUGAUCGCUCAAUUAUCCGACGUUCAAUUAUCCCAGUUGUCGGUAACAUCCGCGCUUUUGCGCUUCACCUUGAACUGGCGCAGCGAACACGUGUCUUGAACGAUCGCAAUCUGUUACGUGCCAGUCGGAUCAUGCUGGAAACGCAACGCAAAUUUACGCGUUAAUCACGACGCAUUGACGUAAUUUAAUCUUAGUAACACGCGAGCCCUCGGCCCACUCUGGUUCCCGCCAUCGUGUCGCUCGAAGUGCCUUUCGGAGAAAGGCACGGCCGGACCUAGUAUAUAGAAGCUCGGUGUCGCGUUGAAGACUCCAGCUACAAAUCGCUGAUUGCGUAAACGUGCAGACUGUCCCCGCGCGAGUUUCGAGAGUCGGUCAAUGCCUCUAGACUCUUGGAAGCCGAUGAGGAUAGACACUUCCGGAUUGCAUUACCAUCGGUACGAGGGUGCGAUAUAAUCCGGAAAUGAUCGUAGUCGGACGGCCGAUUGAAUCCAUCAGAACAGAGAAAGCUAGAGAGCUAGAGAGCUAAAGAGAGAGAGAAUCUGAAGGGAGAACAGAGAGCAAAAUGCUUUCCUCGAUUGCUCUUAACGAGACACAAGAUUAGACAGAUUGUGUCGCGCGGAGCGGUAGAUUCUGCUUGCAGUUACGCUUUAGACCGCGUUGCGCCUUCGUACUUUGGCGAACGAAGCGGACGUUGGUGACCGGAUUGAUCGCGUGAUUCCGGAUCAGUAACGUUGCGUUGGGUCGUGCCGCGAGGAUAGUGUCGACGUAACGUGACGAUCAUUAUCGUACGAUUUGAUCUCUAAUGGGGCAGUGCUAAGACUCCCGGAAGACAAUCGUCACUAGCAAAGCCUGUUGUGAUGUCGAAGCUCAUCGCCGUGUCCAUCGCCAUUAAUCUCCUCGCAUAUUGUUGGAGAUAAAUCCAAGGGGGGCAGCAACGUUUGAGCGUGAUGAUGUCUAGCGUUUCGGGCAAGCAGAGCGUGUCAUGUCACGCGUGACCUCGUCGGGAACUACUGAACUACGGACACUGACGAAAUCGGGGAGUGAUGAUCAGAGAGCGGCCGGAGCUGGCGAGCACCAUCGCGGGUCAGACGUGUGAUCGUCAGCACGUGUCCACACGUGGCAGCGGCCGCGGCGCGUCAUUGCUUCGCGUUGUCUUGAUCCUUUGCUGCGUCAUGAUGAUCUACGGUUCCAAUAAGGUUCCGCGCGGGAUCAAGGAGCUGCGAGACGAGAUGAAGAAUCCGCGCCAGGCACUAGGCUACUGCGAUUUCGAGGUGCCUUGUAACAUCUGGUUCUGGAACCGCACCUCGAGCUUCACGAGAGUCACGGCGUCGUCGACCAGCGUCAUCCUGCCGUCCAUGGACGCCGACAAUUCUACAAACGGCCACUUCCUGUGGUACAGAGGUCCCGGAUAUGGUCAAACGUGGUCCAUGCCGCUCCCCCGCUCAAUCAUGUACUGCCGCAUCGAGUUUUGGAUCUAUCAGGUAGAGAUGCAGCAUGGCGGGAUAAGUCUCAUCGUCGUGGAUCUGAACAACAGUAGUGUGAUGUCGUCGAAAAACGGGAAUAAUCGUGCCACAUGGGAGAGAGUAUCCUUUGAGGCGCGCGCAGCCACUCCAUCUUACAGAUUAUUCUUGGAGGUCUAUGCGCCCUUUAAGAAUUCAAGUGUCGCCAUCGACAACGUUCGCCUAACAAAUUGUUUCACAGGCAAUGUUACUUUUUGUACGGAUGAUAUGUUUCUAUGUAACGAGGGUACCUGCUUGAACAGAUCUCAGGUCUGCGAUUUAACAUACGAUUGCCCUGGCGGCGAGGAUGAACUGUUCGGAUGCGACAAGAUACCUGAGCACGCAAGAUGCAAUUUCCAGAGCGGUUGGUGCGGAUGGAAGAACGUUUCCGGGAGGCCUUUAGGCUGGACUCUCCAUAGCGGCCCCACGCCGACUGACAGGACCGGACCCAAUUUGGACCAUACCUACCGUAACAAGACAGGGAUUUACGCAUUCGUGAACAUGGCGCAAAAAUCCGCAUCUGGUGCAAACGUCGCGUAUGGCAGUCGAGCCACUCUCGAGAGCCCUUUGUACAAUCCAACGCCACCUUAUAGCAGUGAUCCCAUGAGUCCUUACUUUCAUUCAUGUCAGAUACGAUUCUACUACCACAAGUACGGUACACAUGCUGGAUCCCUGGGACUCUACCUGGUCCAGGUAAAGCCGUACGGCAAUUACACCGACAGAAUAUGGUGGUCUUAUGGAGAUAAGUUAAACGCCGACAUUUGGAUAAAAGAGGUAGUUGCGCUACCUGAAGUAAAAUAUAGAUAUUUUUUGCAAUUUGAGGCAUCCAAGGGGUUUACUUCGAAAGGCGACAUAGCGAUCGAUGAUAUUUCUUUCAGUCCAGAAUGCUUCGCUAUUGGAGUUCCACCGAAAGUUGUAGGUAAUUUUAAUUAUUACAAUCCCCUGGUUGAGAGAACGCUGCAGCAUCCAGAUUUUGAAAACGAAACAGUUGUCCGUAUUACUGCUUGUGGAGCCACAGGCAGAACCGGUCCCACUAUCGAGCAAUGCGCCGAAGAACAUAAUGGAAGCGACAUAGAACUAAUGCCGUCGUUGAUAAUACCAACUCGCGAUAUGUCAGCUUUUAAUCUGAGCGGCAUUCAACGGUGGACCGCACCGCGUGGUGAAUACUACACUUUAAUCGGCGUCGGAGCACGAGGCGGCAUGGGUUCCGGUGGCAUGGGCUCUACUCUGGGUUCCGUGGUGCGUGGUGUGAUAGAGCUUCAGAAGGGCGACCAGCUGUAUUUCAUAGUGGGUCAGAUGGGAACAAACGCCUGUCCCAAAAAUCUCGGUUUGACGACAGUUAGCUGUAAUUCACAAGCUGUCAUUACACCUCGCGGGUCAUUGUUGCCACAUGCUUUCUCGUCAAAAGUACGAGAAGUGAAGAACCUUGAGUUCAAGAAUGGCGGUGGCGGCGGCGGCGGCGCGACAGCCAUUUUUAUGUUGAGGACAAACAGCGAGCCGGAACCUAUCCUGGUCGCCGGAGGUGGUGGCGGUUUGGGAUACGGUCACUUCAUUGACGACGGUUUUCAACAUGGACGUGGUCCUGUUCCUGUCGACAAACAUCUACGUCCCCCAUCCGAGAUUGCAGAAGACAUAGGUAAUACUUCAACAUGCACGCGUGAGAAUACAGACACUCGAGUAGAGAAUACAAAUUUGAGGCGAAAUCUCGUAGGUGGACCCGGUGGGAGUUGGAACGCCUCAUGGGCUGACAGUUUCGAUCCGCAAGAUGUUGUGGGAAUGUCAUUGAUUCACGGUGGUUUGGGAGGAUUCGGCUGCGAGCUCGGGAAGAAUGAGAGUUACGGUGAUGGUGGCUUCGGUGGAGGCGGCGGCGGUUGUCAGACCGGCGGCGGUGGUGGUGGUUACAUUGGCGGUAAUACCGGACACAAGGACUCCGGUAAUGGCGAGGGUGGUUACUCAUAUGCCAGUUUAAAACUCACGAAUAUCCACUUCAAGGACGCAGCUCAUUACGGGCCGGGUGAAAUCCUCAUUAUACCUGCGAUCAGUGGCUGCGGCUGUGAUUAUCGCUGCGUUGCUCUCGAUCAGUUUCUGAGCGAAACUAAGUGUCUCUGCCCUCAGGGUUGGUUGCUCAGCAACGACUCAAAGUCCUGCAUCAUGAUUGAGGACACCAAGGAUAUAAUACGCCAAACAUACAUGAUUCCGCUUAUAUGUAUAAUCAUGGCCCUGUUCGUCAUUGUCAUAAUUGGCGUAACAUAUUAUAACAGGUACCAAAACCAAAAAGCACUUCUACAUCGCCGCCACGCGAUGUUCGGCAACGGCACGGAAUUGUCUGCGCUGCACGGGAUGCCAGAAUCCUCCAUGGAAUUAAACCCCAAUUACGAGUUGGACGGAAAUCUGUACAAUCUCAAAGACCUGCCACAAAUACCUCACAAGAACAUUACUUUGAUAAAAGCCCUCGGUCAAGGCGCUUUCGGCGAAGUUUAUCAAGGUAUGUGCAGGAUCGACUCAGAGGAACAUCCUGUCGCCAUAAAGACGCUACCGUCUCUGUCCACGAUGCAGGCAGAGGCUGAUUUCAUGAUGGAGGCGUUGAUAAUGAGCAAAUUUACGCACUCUAACAUAGUGAAGUUUAUCGGCGUCUCUUUUGAGAAGCAUCCGAGAUACAUCAUCCUCGAAUUGUUAGCCGGGGGUGACCUUAAGAAUUUCUUACGCGAAGAGAGACCUCGACCAGACCGAGCUACAUCCUUAACGAUGCACGAUCUCAUCACGUGCAGCUUCGAUGUCGCGAAUGGCUGCAAGUACUUGGAAGAGGCGCACUUCAUACACCGAGACAUCGCCGCUAGGAAUUGCUUAUUGACCACCAAGGGACCGGGGCGUACCGUGAAGAUCGCGGAUUUCGGCAUGGCCAGGGACAUUUACCGAAGCGAUUAUUACAAGAAAGACGGCAAGGCGAUGCUGCCCGUAAAGUGGAUGCCGCCCGAAAGCUUCCUGGACGGCAUAUUCACUUCGAAGACUGACGUAUGGUCCUUCGGUAUCCUUCUAUGGGAGAUCAUGUCCUUCGGAUAUAUGCCAUACACCGGAUGUACGAAUCGCGAGGUCAUAUCGAUGGUGACGGCCGGCGGCCGUCUCGAGAAUCCUGCCGGUUGUCCGGAUCCCAUCUACGGGAUCAUGACGCAAUGCUGGCACCCACGGCCUAACGACAGACCAAGCUUCGCCAAUAUCGUCCAGAGCAUCAGUUAUUGCUUGCAGGACCCGAGCGUGAUAAAUCACCCCACGCCUAAUUUCGACAUAUUGCCCAUCUGCGAUCGCGAAACGACGAUCAUGAGACCAGACCCGAGCGCGGAGUGCAUCAACGUGCAGUCUGAAAACGACGAAUUUGUGCAACAGCUGGACAAACGCGGUUACAUGCAGCCGAAGAUCAUCAGUUCACGAUCCGCUGCGCGUAACAAGGGGCACAUAAUAAGCGGCGUUAUCUACAACAUAAGGGACGAGAAGAUUAGGAGCGGCGACUUGCAGAUUGGAACUUUCGGAAGAUCGGAAUGCCGGCAGGGGACGUACGGUUGCAACGCGUAUGAUUUCACCCAGGAUACUUUCAGACAAGCCUACGAUGACGAGAAUGAUUACGAUGAUAAUUAUGACGACGAGAUGACCGAAGAUUGCGAGGACAAAUGCGGGGUCGACCAAUCCGAUUGGCAGGACAGCAGGACAAUACAUCGAACUAAUAACAUCGAAGAUGGCCAUAACGCAGAUAACGGUAAUAACCGUCCAGACGAGGACUAUCACUUGAUCGAUAGCGCAAAAACGGACCGCAGGAACGGUAAUGAGAGUACAACGACUACCGACACCAAUUCCGCCUCCCUAAUAGCGCGAUCCUCGGACACCCCGCCCGACACGACGAACUCGUCGCCCAACACGCGCACCUGUUCGCCAAAUCGCACCGCUGGCCUCAACAACGUGAACGGUACGGUGAAGAGGAACACCUUGAAGGCGACGCUGAGCCUGGACGCGAGUGCGCUCUGCAGAAACACCAUUCCCUACGAGAAGAUCACGACACAACGCUCGAGCACGCCGGGCAGUAUGGAGCUGAGGAAGGAUUCUCUGGGACAUGAACUACCGAGAGAGGAGGAGUGCUCUUGCUGAGAUUUAUCCGAGGGGGGUUGACGAGGCUGCCCGGAAGCCGCGGCCGCGAUCGCGCUCAGCUGCAACGUCGCGCGCCGGCUGCAGCUGCAACGAUCCGCCACGACGACUGCGGUUACGAGGGACACGCAGCUCGUAGAACUCUCCUCGCCACCGUGGACCCACGACAACGAAUAUUCACGUCGUUUCUACUCCGAGGAGACUCUCCUGUAAAUAGGAACCGGAAAACCACGAGUUUCCUUCACGGCCGAUAAUUCUUUUUUGACACAAGUCGCGGUUCUUGUUUGCAUAAGAAAGACGCACGAUUGUUGCAAGUCUGAGAGAGAGAUUGUUGAACUUGAAUGCACACGAUAGGCCAGUUGUUGUACAAACAAAGUUGUUGUACAUACAAAGAAAAUGGAAGAUACCAAAUACGUAAUAUACUCAUAUAUCCAGUACGCUAAAUCAAGAUGAUCUCAUCGAGCUAAGCUUCCUAAUUUCGUAUUUUGAGGAUGAGAUGGGCAACUUAUAAAAUUGUUGUUGGAUCGGGCUCGUUACGGGGAUGCACACGAGUUAACCAGGGUAACGACGUAGCGGCUCGUGGAACCGCUAUUAGCAUUAAAAGUAAAAAAAAAAAGAAAAUAUGUGAAUAUGUACUUUGAAACUGCAGAUAAAUAAGUAGUAUUCGAGCAGAAAUAAAUUAAGCAGCCUACGAUUAAGCAGCGUCGAGCGCUCGAGCAUACAGCUUCGAUCUGUAAAUCCGUGAAGCUUGCGCGGACUGGUUUUAAUUUAUUUGAAGAAAAAAAAAAGAGCGAGGAGAAAUGAAGGGGAUGUUUGCAAUGUAUAUGUAUAUAUAUUCAAUAUUUAAAGGUCUAACGAAUGCGAGUAGCUUUAAAAAAAGUGGAAUAUAUAUUUCUGAUUCGGAGGGUUGCUAUCUGUCUAAUCGGUAAGAGUUGUCGCAACGGGAUCAAUUUCGAUCCGAAUGUGUCAUGGCUGUCGAGUAACAAUGGUGUUAUACUGUAAUAGCGAUGUAAAAGUCUCCAUAGGCUGAUCGUCUACCUCGUGACUCACAUUUAAACCAGAAAAGCAACGACACGAACUCUCAGUCCUCGUUGGUACACCACCGUCAUUAUAGAGCGGGCAAAAUAAUGAAUGCACAUUGGUAAGGUAACCAGGGGGCAUAAGGGGAAAUAAAAAAAAGAGCACGAGCCCUUUUUUAUUUUUCUUACGACGACGUACUUUACGUGCGCGUAGCGUAUGAAAGUCAACCACUAGGUAUCUGUGCGUGAAACGUAAUAAAGAUGUGUUUAUGGAA